AUGGCACGACUGUUAAUCCUUGCAGGUCUGUGCCUGCUGGCGUGCAUCAGUGUGGUAUCAUCCACCAAGAUGGCAUGCUACUUCACCAACUGGUCCCAGUACAGACCUGGAACAGGGAAGUACCUUCCCAGCAACGUGGACCCACACCUCUGCACACACAUGAUCUAUGCCUUUUCUGUCAUCAAUCAUGCCAACGAGAUCGUCACCUAUGAAUGGAAUGAUGAAACCCUCUACCAGUCCUUCAAUGCUCUUAAAAACAGAAACCCUGAACUGAAGACACUUUUGGCUGUCGGAGGCUGGAACUUUGGGACGAGCCAGUUCACCAUCAUGGCUUCAUCAGCCGCCAACCGUAAAUGGUUUAUCGACUCAGCGAUCAGCUUUCUGCGGACCCAUGGCUUUGACGGGUUGGAUCUGGACUGGGAGUACCCUGGAGCUCGAGGGAGCCCCCCAGAGGACAAGCAGAGAUUCACAGAACUGUGCAGGGAGAUAUUUGCUGCAUUUGAGAAGGAGGCCGUUGACACUAAACGUCCAAGACUGCUGUUUACAGCUGCAGUGGCUGCUGGGAAAGGAAACAUUGACAAUGGAUAUGAGAUCAGUGAACUAUCAAAAUCUCUGGACUUUGUCAACGUGAUGACGUAUGAUUUCCAUGGAGCCUGGGACAGCUUCACGGGUCACAACAGCCCCCUAUAUCAGAGCUCCUUUGUUGAUGGAGAGCAUGUGUACUUCAACACAGACUUUGCUAUGAGGUACUGGAGAGACCAGGGCUUCCCAGCAGAGAAGCUCUUGAUGGGUUUCGCCACAUAUGGGCGCACCUUUCAGCUGACGUCAGCGGAAAACGGCGUGGGGGCUCCAGCUAGCGGGCCUGCUUCGGCUGGAGUCUACACCAGGGAGCCUGGCUUCUGGUCCUACUAUGAGAUCUGCAGUUUUGUUCAAGGGACAACUAUCCAGUGGAUUGAAGAGCAGAAGGUUCCCUAUGUCACCAAAGGAAAUGAGUGGGUUGGAUUUGACACUAAGGAGAGCUUUGACAUCAAGGUUCAGUAUCUUCAGAACAAUAAGUUUGGUGGGGCCUUUGUCUGGUCUCUGGACCUGGAUGAUUUUGCUGGUCAGUUCUGUGGUCAAGGAAACUACCCUCUGAUCAGCCAUCUGCACGCUCGCCUCAACACGGGACUACCACCUGUGCUGCCCACCGAGGGAGUCAGAACAACCUCCACUGCCCCGAGCUCCACCACCACAACCACCCGCUCGACUUCCACCAGCACAGCCACCACAACCGCUGUGGCCCCCGAGAGUGGGUUCUGCGCAGGCAAACCGGACGGGCUGUAUGCAACCGAAGAGGACCCUACCAGCUUCUACCAGUGCUUCCUGGGACACACUCACCUCCAGAAGUGUGCUACUGACUUGGUGUUCAGUGAAGAGUGCCAGUGCUGUGACUGGAACCAAGCUAAAGCGGAGGAAGAGAAGUCUGUCUGA